UCCGUGGUCCAGGUCUUCAUCGAGGUCCUGGACAUCAACGACAAUGCUCCCCUCCCCACCCAGCCGGUCUUCAGGGCGGAGGUACCUGAGAACAGUCCAAUGGGUGUGUACGUGCUGACGGUGGAGGCGGUAGACCCUGAUACGUCAUCAAGUGGUAACCUGACGUACAGACUGAAAACCAACUCGGCCAAGAAGUACUUCACCAUUGAUGAACGUACAGGUGUUAUCAGCACUGCGAGCAAGGCUCUGGACCGAGAGGCCAAGAGGGGUGACGAACAUCACUUUGAGGUUGAGGUGUCAGACAAUGGGAGCCCAUCCCUCAAGUCUAUUGCCAAAGUAGUGAUCACCAUUGAAGACGAGAAUGACAAUGACCCCAAGUUUAUCCCUGCCUCUACUGUUACCAUCCCGGCAAUCAACGAGCCUGGGGAACGACGCUUCGUCUCCCGCAUGAUGGCAAUAGACAAGGACGUGGGUUCCAAUUCUGACCUGAGCUACUUCAUCAGGGAUGGGAAUACGCAAUCUCGCUUCUAUAUCGAUGCGACGACAGGGGUUGUGACAUGCAGUAAGACCCUCAGUGAAGGGGAGAGAUACGUUCUUCAAAUUGAAGUGAAAGACAAUGGCCCGAGCCGUCGACGUAGCGACAUUGCGAGACUCCCUAUCGUAGUAACUGCUGCCCCAGUGGAGUCCUCCAACGCCCCAAUAUUUGACACACUGAUGGAGACGGAGACUCGGAUCACAGAGAGUGAUGCAGUAGGAAGCUUCAUCAACUACGUCUUUGCCAUUGAUCCUGAUGGUGAUGAAGUCAGAUAUGCUAUCAAUGAUGGUAAUGAGGAUGGAGCGUUCUUCAUUGAUCCUCAGGGUGGUUUUAUCUUGAUAGCCCAGCCCCUGGAUAGUGAGACAAAGUCUUCUUAUAAUCUCACCAUCUCAGCUUCAGAUGGAUUCAAUGAAGCUACAACUAUGAUUCACAUCCUAGUUACCGAUGUCAAUGACAAUCCUCCCAUCCUCGAGCAGGAGCUGUACGAGAUCGACAUACCAGAAAAUACCCGGGUCAACAGCCCAGUCCUCCAGAUCAUGGCCACUGACCACGACGCCACCGACCGCCUCGUCUUCACCCUCCCGAGCACCUCCGACCCGGCCAGUCGCUACCGCUUCCGCAUCGACAACCACAACGGCGUCAUCUACCUCAACGAGAGCCUGGACCACGAGUCGCAGCGGCAGCAUGUGCUCAACGUGGAGGUCAAGGAUUACAACUACGGCACCCAUCGGACCUAUGCCAGGGUGGUCGUCAAUGUUAUGGAUUCUAAUGAUCACAUGCCGGAGUUCAGCGCCGAGAGCUACGAGGGGAAGGUGUUUGAAACCGCGGCUGUUGGGACUCGUGUGGUCGAUGUCUUUGCGUUUGAUAGGGAUCAGGGUUCAAAUGCUGAACUAACUUAUUCCAUAGUUCAAGGAAACAUUGGUCAAGCCUUCAACAUUGACCCAAUCCUUGGGACAGUGACCGUUGGACAUGAGCUGGACAUUGAACAGGAGGCCAAAUAUUCCCUGGUCGUGCGAGCUACUGACCAUGGUGUCCAACCUCUCAGCAAUGUCUGCUUCGUCAAUGUAACCGUCACUCUCUCCAACAAUGCUCCACCGAGGUUCAGAGAAGAAGAGUACAUCAGGGAAGUGGCUGAGAAUCUCCUGGGGAAUCAGUUUGUGGCCCAGAUUUCAGCUGUUAGUCGCUCAUCGGUCUAUUACGAGAUCACCAGAGGUAAUGAUGACAGGCGCUUCGAUAUUAACUCCAACUCCGGUAUCAUCACAACAGUGAUGCCUCUGGAUUAUGAAGAAGUCAGCAUGUACAACCUGACAGUACAGGCAACCAAUAUGGUGGGACUUCGUACUAAUACUUGUCUGGUGAUCCACGUCCAGGAUGUCAAUGAUAACUCACCCGUUUUCAGUUCCGUGGAGUAUGUGGGUAGCAUCUCAGAAUCGGCGUCGCUCAAGAGUGUGGUCUUAGAUGAGGACAGUCGUCCAUUGGUUAUCAGCGCAGAGGAUGCAGAUUCGGGUCCCAAUGCUCACCUGGUCUAUGAGAUCAUUGAGAGAGAUGCACAGAUGUACUUCAGUAUUGAUGAAAGCACUGGAGCCAUCCGUACCAAAAUGCCUCUGGAUCAUGAGCGUAUACCUGAGUUUGAGUUCUCUGUCCAGGUCCAUGACACAGGCAGUCCCCAGAUGAUGGCUGACAAGCCUGCUAGGGUAAGGAUCACUAUCAUCGAUAUCAACGACUCAAUGCCGCAGUUUGUCAAGGCAGUCUUUGAAGCACAGCUCCUCUUGCCAACCUAUGCUGGAGUGUAUGUUUUGACGGUAACGGCUGUUGAUGAUGACGAAGUCAGCAUGUCUCAGCUGGAAUACUCAAUUCAUGAAGGUGACCGCAGUCACCACUUCAGUAUUGAUCCAAGAUCUGGGGAUAUCUUUGUUGCAAAUGGCACAAACCUGAGAAGCGAUUAUGACCUGACUGUCCGGGUCACCGAUGGCCUCAAUAUCAACCACGCCCAGGUUCUGAUCCAUGUUGAAGCUCGCCCAACCUCCAGCUUGCGCUUCCCAGCCAACGAGUGCUACGCAAUCAUCCGUGAAAACUCAAGUACUGUCCAUGAUGUAGCCGUUCUCUCCGUCAUAGGCAGCACCCUCAAUGAACCACUCACCUACACCAUCCUGAACCCUUCAACAAUGUUCUCCAUCAAACCCACCUCAGGGAUUGUAAGAAAUACUGGCAUUCCCUUCGACAGGGAGGAGCAGGACAGCUAUCACAUUGUGGUUGAGGCCAGAGACAGACGUGAUCCACCCAGAGUAGCCCACAUCAUCGUCAAUGUUGAGAUCCUGGACAUCAAUGACAACCCACCAAUCUUCAUCCAUCAUCAGUACAAUGCCAUUGUCCAGGUGGAUGCCAAUGUUGGAGAGGUUGUACGACAGGUUACAGCUAUUGACAGAGAUGUAAGCAAGAAUGGCGAGGUUCAGUACACCCUGGUAGAAGGUGGUGAAGGUCACUUUGCCAUCGAUUCCAACACUGGUGUCAUCACAGUCCUUGAGAAGCUUGGUGCCAACUCACAGAACAAGAACUUUACACUCAAGAUCAAGGCGAGCGAUAGAGGCAAGCCCAACCACAGCACAGUGGUGAAUGUUCCGAUCACAGUCCGCAACAAGGCCAUGCCAGUCUUUGAGGAGCAGUACUAUCGCUCAACCAUCCCUGAAGAUCUAGAGCUACACUCUGCCGUGCUGCAGAUUCAAGCCAUCUCACCCCAUGGAAGGGAUCUCAUCUACAGCAUCGGUGAAGGAGAUGAGUUCAACCAGUUUGAUAUAAAUCCUCUAACAGGAGUGAUUAACCUGAUUGGAGCUGUAGACUACGAGACCCGUCAACUCUACAGCCUUGAGGUCCUAGCAAGCGACACUUUGACAGGAGCAUCGGCUAUGGUCACUGUGGACAUCACCAUCAGCGACGUCAAUGAUGUGAUGCCAAGCUUCAACCAGAAAAUCUACCAAGCAGUGCUGUCUGAGGCAGUCCCGGUCGGCUCUACAGUCCUCCAAAUCAGCACCACUGAUCAGGAUUCACCCAAGAACAGCGGUGUCCGCUACCAGAUUGUCCAGAGUGACAACCAGACGGGACACUUCCACAUCGCAGCCAACAGCGGACUCAUCCUCACCUCGCAUGUGCUGGAUUAUGAAGAACACAAGAUGCACAACUUUCUUGUAGUAGCAACGGACAGUGGGAUGCCACCGCUGAGAAGCGAGACGAGAGUCAGUAUCCGAAUAACCGACAUGAAUGACAACCCUCCGCAGUUUGUCCACCGGGAUUAUUACUGUUCAGUGAGCGAGAUUGCAGAGAGGGGUGCCUUUGUGACGGCUGUGUCAGCAACAGACAGGGAUAUCUCUGACAUGGAUCAGCUGACCUAUUCCAUUGUGUCAGGAAAUGAGGAUAUGACAUUCACCAUCAAUAAGAAAACAGGCAUCAUCAGCCUCUCCAACUCCCAGAAGCCUCAGCUGAUGACGGGGCGUGGCUACCACCAGCUGAACGUGUCCACCUCUGACCACGUCUUCACCAGUUCAGCUACUGUCCAUAUCAACGUCACCCGGGUCAACCGCCAUCCUCCGGUGUUCAGCCAGGAGGAAUACAUCACUGAUUUCAUGGAGAAUGGUACCGCGGGAGAAGUGGUCUUUCAGGUUAUGGCUUCUGAUGAUGACAGCGGUGACAAUGGUGUUGUCACCUACUCCAUCAUUAGUGCUGAGGCUAGACGGAUGUUUGAUAUUGACAGUGAAACAGGUGUUCUUAUGUCAGAGAUGCCUAUAGAGGGAGACUCAAGGGAGAUUCACAGCAGAAUGCUUCUUGAUCUAGAAUCUGUCAGUGACAGGAUGCUACCUGUACCCAUUAUGGCAGUCGACGGUGGAGGAAAGACUGCAUACACCACCGUCAAUGUCAUCCUCAAUGACAGGAAUGAUAAUGUACCACGCUUUGAGAUGAGGGAAUACAAGGCGUUCACUAGAUCCAACGUGGAAAUCGAUGUCCCCAUUUUAGUGGUGACUGCGACAGAUGUAGACUCUGGUAGCAAUGCUUUGUUGACGUACUCGUUUGAGAGUGGUACUGCUCAGUCUGCAUUAGAUCUCUUUGAGAUUGAUCCUAAGACUGGAAGCAUCUCAGCAUCAUCAUCUCUUCAAGGAGAAGAAGGAUCUACCUUCCAAUUCUUUGUUGGUGUGACCGAUAGUGGCAAUCCUCCACUGAACUGGGUGACGGCAGCAGAGAUCUAUGUCCUCUCUGAAGAUGAUGAACUGCCAGUCUUUGAUGGGCUGGUCAAUGAACCUGACAUCGAUGUUGCUGAGAAUACGCCUGUUGGAACGGUCCUCUCUAGUUUCCUAGCUCAUAGCAACUCGUCCCUGACAUAUUCCUUGGUACCGGGUAAUGAAGUGCACACCAACGAUCCAUCGCACUUUUCAAUCGAUGAACAUGGUAACCUGACAUUGGUGAGUGCCUUGGACUUUGAAUCUGUCUCGUGGUACAAGCUGAUCAUCAAGGCCAGCACUAAUACAGAGCCUUCUAUAUCUGCAUACUUCACCGUCCUGGUGACAGUGACCGAUGUCAAUGACAACAUGCCGGUGUUUGAAGAUGUGGCAUACAACAUCAAGGUUCCAGAGAACACUCCGGUGGAUGAUGCCAUAUUGAAGGUUGUUGCAAGGGAUGCUGAUGCUGGCUCCAAUGGCCAAGUCCUCUACUACCUUGAUGUGGAGAACGACCUGGAAGUGUUUGAGAAGUUUGAGCUGAACGAGAUGACCGGUAUCUUGACCAUCCAAGAGGGCCUUGACCGGGAGACAGCCAUCACGUAUGACAUCCUUAUCUUAGCCAGGGAUGUCACCAAUGAGGAUUUCACAUCCACCGCAACAGUUCACGUCACAGUGAUGGAUUUCAACGACUCUCCUCCGCGAUUCACUCAGAAGGUCUACCCUGGUGAGGUCCUGGAGAGCGAUCCCAUCGGGACGGUCACAGUCUCCAUCGAGGCAGUUGAUGGUGACAUUGGUGCCAAUGCUCAAGUUGUCUACUACAUCACAUCGGGAGAUCCUUUCAAUCAUUUUGCAAUCGAGAGCAACUCUGGCAUGAUCUAUGUGACCAACCCUCUGGAUCGGGAGUUGAAGGAUACCUAUCGUCUGAAUGUGACAGCCACUGAUGGUCUUUUCUCUGACACUGCUCAGGUUGUGAUCUCAGUACAAGACAUCAAUGAUAACUCUCCCGUCUGUGCACAGACCUUGUACACUGAGAACAUCCGUGAGAACCUUGCAUCGGGACAUUACAUCCUGCAUGUAACAGCAUCGGAUGCAGACAUCGGUAGUAAUGCAGAGAUAACCUUCUCUCUGGAAGGUGAAGGGUCUGAAUUAUUUACAAUUGAGAAAGACCAAGACCAAAACACUGGCACCGUCCGUACCUCUGGCACCCUUGACUACGAGGCCCAGCAGUUUUAUCGCUUCCAGGUGAUCGCGAGCGAUGGUGGUGGAUUGUCCUGCUCAUCAGAUAUCUCCAUUGGAUUGCUAGAUGUGAAUGAUAACCCACCAGCAUUCUCGCAACUAAUCUACAAUGUCAGCGUGAGUGAGAACACAACUGUGAACACGCUGCUAACCAGAGUGCAGGCUAUCGAUCCAGAUAAAGAUGCCAACAGGAGGCAUCGGUUCAGCAUCAGUGAUGGCAAUAGCGAAGGGACCUUCUCACUGGACGAUGAGUCUGGCAUCUUGACCCUGAUACAGCCUUUGGAUCGGGAACUCCGCAGCCAUUACAACCUGACCCUUGGAGUCACUGAUAUCCUCCAGGCAAGUCUGACCACCUCAGCACAGCUCAUUGUCAACGUCCUGGAUGAGAACGACAAUGAGCCCCAGUUUGAGAGUGAUCUCUACAAUGCUUCUAUCGCUGAGGAUGCAGAGAUAGGAAGCAUUGUUGUUACAGUGCUUGCUAUCAGCCAGGAUGUAGGACUCAAUGCCGAGAUCAUGUACCAGAUUGUCUCCGGCAAUGAGCAUGGGAAAUUCAAGAUCGACAGCACAACAGGUGAGAUCAGCGUUGCUUUUGAGCUGGACUUUGAGAUGUCCAACAAGUAUUACCUGACCGUAAAAGCCACUGACAUGGGCACCAACCCCCUCUCUGACACUACCACGAUCAACAUCUUUAUCACCGAUGCCAAUGAUAAUUCCCCAGUUUUCAGUGAGGACAUCUAUAGCAUCUCGGUCAACGAAGCAGCGAGGGUUGAAGGGGAUGUCAUCCAGGUAAUGGCUACAGAUGAGGACAGUGGAGAUAACGGCAGGGUGUCCUACUCUAUUGUUCAUGGUAACCUCUUCAAUCAAUUCACCAUCAAUCCUGACAAUGGACUGGUCAGCCUGGCCUUAGAGCUGGACAGAGAACAGAUCUCAUCGUACUCCUUGGGGGUGAGAGCCAGUGAUGCCGGUGAAGAACCAAGGUACACUGAUGUCACCGUCCAGAUCAUCGUCGAUGAUAUCAACGACAACCCUCCUCUCCUUCCAAGACAGAACUACACCAUAAUACGACAGGAAGACACCGCAGUGGAGGCUGAUCUCCUUCAGCUGAAUGCCACAGACCUUGACACACAAGCAAACGGUCCUCCAUUCAUCUUUGAGAUCGUCAGAGGCAAUGACAAUGGAGCAUUCUUCAUCACUUCCACAAAUAUGCUCAGGAACAGGAUCUGGUUCAACAGGGACAUCGAGACACAGUACAACCUGACGAUAAAGGUGUCUGACAGUGCUCGGUCACCACUUUACUCUCUAUCCUACAUCACGAUCAUCAUCAUUGAUCCAAUGAAUAUGCCGGAGGUUGUUACUCCUGUUAAGAUAUCCAUCAAUUCCUUUGAGGAGACCUUUCCCGGUGGAUGGAUUGGACAGAUCUCUGCCUCCGACGCUGAUCCCUAUGAUGAGCUUGUCUUUGAGCUUCAAAAUGACAAUGUCUUCCGCAUUGGUCGAGAUGAUGGCCUCAUCAUUGCGCCACCAGAUUUAGACGAAGGUUUUUACCACAUCAAUGCCAGUGUCAGUGACGGACAGUUCACUGUUUAUGCUGAAGCGAAUGUUACUGUUCAGAUGCUCAACCAAGCCAUGCUGAACAACAGCGUCACCAUCACCUUUGCCGAUGUCACGCCUGAAGAAUUUCUACCAAACUCUGGCAUCUUCAUGUACACUGUGGCCAACCACUUCUCAGGGGCAACCCCUGAGGAUGUUACCAUCAUCACCUUCCACCCAUCUGCUGAAAACAAUGACAAUACCGAUGUUGUCUUCUCCAUCCAUCGCAGCAAGAGCAGGGAGAGUUUCUUCAAACCCAAGCAGAUCCAGAGACAGAUGGAUUCCCUCAGUGCUGCUCUUCAUGAGCGUAUGAAGCAUGACGUGGUAUCAGCUGUCAGUGACCUGUGCACAGCAGACUCUUGCGAGGAGAGUUACAUCUGCAAUAACAUUGUUAGGUUAGACUUCUCUGACAUCUUAACAUUCACAACCGAUGAUGAGAGUUUUGUGUCUUCCAGGCUCUACAGGGACUUCACCUGCACCUGUAUUGUAGAUUCCUGUGUGACGACCACCAAGAAGCCGACCACAACCAAGGCAACAACGACGACAACCCCCAAGCCUCGCACGCCGUCUGUGAUCAACGAUCCUUGUGCAAGCAAUCCCUGCCAUGCCAACAUGAACUGCCGUAGAGAUGGCUACAGUGGCUAUGUCUGUGAAUGCAUGGAUGAUUCUUUGUCUUGCCUUCCUGGACCUGACGAGGCAAUGAAUUUUAAUGGCCAGAGCUAUGUGACCUACACCGACCUUGUACUGUCUACAUCGUCCACUCUGUUCUCGGCGAGUAUUAACACUGAUCGUCCCAAUGGUGUCAUCAUGGAUGGUGCUGGUGAAUUCGAUUACAGCGUUCUAGAGAUUGAGAAUGGAUACCUGACAUAUCGUUUGAACUGUGGUACAGGAGAAGCCAAGAUUCGCAUCACUCAGAAGAAGGUCAAUGACUUUGACUGGCACAAGAUCUCCAUCAACCGGGAGAAAAACCAUGCUGUGCUAACCCUCGAUGGGCAGUACACAGCGGAAGGCACAGCACCUGGUGAAAACCAAGACCUGAACAUUGACACCAUCAGCAUUGGCUCCAGUCCACCUGCUAAAGGUAGGGCUCGCCGUUCUGCAGAUAUUGGCUUCACCGGUUGCAUGGGUGGGCUGAGCCUUGAUAAUUCUCCACUCCCUCUUCUGGGGGAUUCCGUCCAACCGCACAACAUUGGCAAGUGUCAGCGUAGGUGGCCUAUGGACUGUAGCCCAAACCCUUGUGAGAACGACGGGAACUGUCUGGACUAUGGGUACAGUAUCACCUGUGAUUGCCUUCAUAACUGGUCUGGAGAGAGAUGUGAGAUCAAGAAUUGCCAAGAUGAUGUAGACUGUGAAGAGUAUCCAACAAUCACCAGUGGGUUCCCCUUGCGCCUUAUCAUCAUCAUCAUUGGUGUCCUGGUUGCUAUAAUCAUCAUCGUCUUCAUCCUUGCUGCCUGCCGUUAUCAUCGCAAUAAGAGGAGACGAUCACGUUACCCGCCUCGUGACGGAAUGGGCCGGAGUUAUGAUGAGGAUUACAAGCGGGACAGUAAGCUGUCGGAUUCGGAUUACCCUCUGAGUCUGCCGCUUAACCCGAUCGCCACCCCACCAAGUCCAACGCCUCCUCCGCUACCUACGCGCCCAGCAUCAUACACCCGUAGCAACCAUAAUUCAUUGAACAAUCUGGAUCGUGACCGUCAUGAUGACAUACCUUACCAUGGACAGCCAAUCAGUAUGCCGCCCUCUCUAGCUCCUGUUCCAUCAAACUCUGCUUCGGAUAGUGACUCCAUUGCCAAACCGACAUGGGAGUUUGAUACUCCAAGUACGCACAAUAGUUUUAUCGAUGGGCGUGACAGCAAUAAGGGUCUUAGCCCCCACCCCAUGCAGCAUUCUCAACCUAGCAUACUACCACCUGUUAGGCGUGGCCUGAACACGCCCAUGAACAUCCGUCAUCCACCGGUGGAGAGCCCCCCUGCCUACCGGGCCGUCAAUCCCAACCAGGCUGAUAUGGUCUCUAUGAGCUCCGUUAAUACAGAGAAUGAAGAUGACGGCCUCAGAGGAGGGUUAAAUUCAAGCAAUAAACCCAAGGGAUCCGCCUUGGUGAAGCCAGGUAAGACGAAGGUGAUCAAAGAUGACAAGAACCCUGAUAAGGUCACCGAGAAGGACAUAAGCACAGACAAUGACACUGACGGAUCGGAGGAUGUUCACAAUACAAGCAAUGAGGGUGAGAUCAUCGGACUCAAUGACCUGGAGCAGAUGGCUGCUCUGGCGUCAAAGCGAAACUCCACCUUCUCCAUGGAGGACGAGAACUCGUCGAAGCGUAACUCACAGCAUUCGGAGGGAGGUGAGCCUGAGCCCGUAGUCACAACCAACGUCAAGUGCGUGCGCUUCAACAUGGAACCAGAGAUUAACCAGUUUGAAGUUCUAAGCUCGCAGUCUGAAGCGCCUACUGAUUCGGAAAGUGAGCGUCCUUAUGUGGAGCGUGAUCAGUUGCUGCGACGAAGCGGUGGACCCAUGGAGGUUGAGCAGCAGCCGGUUGAUAUGAACACUAAUGUAGAUCCUACGGAGUUUGGCGUGGAUGGACCUGUCCUUGUUGUCGCUGAUGUAAGCUGCCAGACGGACGAUGAACUUGACGAUGACGAUGAAGCUGGGGAGAAUGAUCCUUUCCUACCAGCAGGAAGCCCUCUGGAGACCACCACAGAGUUUCACGACACCCAUCAGACAGUUUACAUCCAUAGAUCACCUCAGAGUUCUCCGGAAGAAGAGAGAGGAGGGAAUCAUUCUAUCAAUACUCAAACACAUCCGCAACCACAUACCCAUGGUCCACAGCGGGGAAAGAAAGGAUUUCAGUGGGAUUACAGUGACUGGGUUCAGCAUCCUGAAGCCCUCAACAACAUUCCUGAGAUCCCCCCUAGAGCUCCCAGAGACAGCCCCACCAACGUCUCCACCACCACAUCCCACAUCAACGAAGACGAUGACUACGAGACGGAGGACGAUGAAGACGAGUACGUGGGCGGGGACGACACUGACUACCCACCGGAGAACGACGACAUGCCCAUCGCCAGAGCGGCCCAGCACUUCCGGCGCGAGCUGGAGAACUACCCACCAAUGGACGAUUACGACGGGUUGCCGUUGAACGCCAUCAACAUGCACCCGGGUCAUUACUUGCCAUCUCAUGGAGGUAGCACCUCGGAGGUCCCGCCGGACUACGAGGGCACGGGAGGCUCACCGGACCACGAGACCACUCCGUUCUUAGUCCCCCAGAGGAAUCACCUGGCAAGGGGGCCAGACUACCGCCGACCAAUCAGUGACAUUUCGCAAGAUGCGCUCUCCAUGUCGAUGUACACGUCAACAAAUGCGUCUUGCUCCGACGUGUCGGCUCUGGAGCCGGACAGUGAGAUUAAUUUAAGUGAAUUUGAGUUUGACAUUGAGGACCAUUUAACAAAUCUACAAACAAGUACUGACGUGUAGGUUGAAGCUGAUUGGCAGGAAUUAUCUAAGGACUAAAACUGGAGGAAUGCAUUGACCUAUGCUUCUUAAGACCAUGUGAUCAUACACAAGGCUAUGGAGAAAGUGUUAUACAUGUACACCAACAUUAUGCUUACAGGAAGCGACAUCCAAUACCAUUUGCAUACCAACAUUUUGUAGUGCAUUGUGAGCUUGCAUCCUUUUCUUGUCUACUUUGCAUAUCUCUUGGUGACUUGAUCAAUGAAAUACCAUUAAGAUUGAUCAGACUUUAGAUUCAGGUCAAUGGUACUUCCGCUGCUUAAAUGUUUCAUGAAAUAUUUGGGGAUUCAGGUCACUGGAAUAUCACUGAUCUUCAAAAAGUGAAACCCCAAAUUUAAAUACUUUCAAAAUUUGUCUAGAAAUGCAUGUAUAUGAAAGCUCGUAAGAUAUGUAUGUAUAUUUGGACAUUAUUUAGUAAGAAAAAAAUGUACAGAUGGCUCAAAGUAUUCAAUGAUUUUACAUACUUAAUCUUGUAUCACAAAACAAGGUAUUGACAUAUAUAUUUAUAUGAAAAAGAUACAAAAAAUACUUGCACGUUCGAAUUAGUGUUUAGUAUGUUAUAGCAUGAUGUAUUGUAUUGAUAUAGAGAUGAGCUGAAAUGUUGUUAGAUUAAGAUUGGAAGAUUAAGAAUAGAAUUGGGUCCUGUUCCAUGGAACCCAUUAUCAAUUGCUUGUUACAAGCUACUGAAAUCGUGCCAUCCAAUUGGCUGAUAACAGAUUCGUUGUAGAACUGUAACAUAGGAUAUUGAUGAUAAAGUUGUAUGAUACAGUCUUUUACUGGAAUUGUAUCAGAUUGUUACUUAAACACUUUAUUCCUCAUUUGAAGUAUUGAAGUAUAUUUAUGUUAUUUGUUAAAAAAAGAAAAUGUAUAUCUUUUGUUUUUUAUAUUUUCUAUAGAUAUGGAGAAAAUAUCUUGAAUCAUGCUUAUCUGCAUGUUCAUAACACACACACAAACACUCUCAGUACCUUGCUUGUGUAUAUGCAAGAAAGAACUUAUAGUACAAUUGUUUUUCUUAUGUUAUGUUUUUGUAUAUAUAAGCUCUCAGUACAACUUUGUGAUCUAAAAAUUCACUUAUUUCUCGAAUGAUGAAUGAAAGAUUAUUACUAUUGUUUUUGAUGUGAUUUUGGUAAUUCUCUAGUACUCUCUGUUCAGGAUGAAAUUCUGACUGUUGUUUGUAUAUAUCUGCUAUGGGAUGUACAAUACCAAGUCAACUUCAGCUUAAAAGUAGGUUUGUCUUUUUUAAUGUUUGUUUUUACCAGCAUUUGCCUCUGUCAUGGCAAGGAGCGUACACUGAUUGUUUUCACUUUUUAGGAUGAUUUAUCUCAUCUGUGAUUUAUUUUUUAUAAUUUCCUUCUCUGUUUUCUGAGAAGACAUAAUCAUGAUGAUUUAUUUUGUUUUUAAUCUUAUGCAAAUAAUGACAAUCGUGGGUGCAUGAUAAUGACUACUUUUCUAAUGAUUUAUUGAAAUAAUGGUGGCUAUAUUGUAAUGUAUUUGGAAUAGGGCUUCUUUGUAUUGUUAGAGCAAUGUAUAGGAGUUGUUCAUGUUUAGUCUUGAUACUGUUUAGUAGAAUUUUUAAUGUUUUUAAGCUGAUUUUCAUCACCUUCAGAACAUUCUAUAUUUUUUGUUCAAGGAUGUGAUUUAAAACGUGACUAUCAUUCUAUUUUCUUCUCAAACUUCAUACUUUUUUCAGGAAAGGGUUUUUUUUCCCCUCAAAUUUUCUUUUAUACACAUACCAUGUACUUCCUUUUAAUCUGAGAAUAUUAUUUUUGAAUGAAAAGAAAGAACUUGCUCCAGUGACUUGGCAACUUUAUGUCAUUUGAGUUUAUUAUAUUUUUUAUAGGUUAAAGAUAAACUUAGUGACGAUACAAUGACAUCACUUGAAACUACUUCUUAAUAUAUACAUUUGGAUAAUACUUGGUUAGAUUUUGAGGACCAUCAAUGGCACAAUUAUUCUGAAAAUGUUAUGCGAAAAUUGCUGUUUUGCUUGCUUACUAUUUUGGUCAUCAGAAACAUUCAAAAUUAAAGAAAUAAGAACAUAGAAACUCCCCGCAGGUUGUGUUCGUUUUAUCUCCAAGUCUACAUGUACAUGUAUGAACCUCCUGCUCUGAAUAAAGUAGUAAAUCUUAAUUAAAAUCAUAUCUUGAACAAGGUUAAUAGCAUUGUUCACAAUGGCAGCAUAGACAGCCACAUUCUCACAAUACACCUCACCUGCAAGGGUGUACUAAAUUUUGCUAUUUUUUUGUAUUUUAAGAACAAUGUUUAAAACAGGUGUUUAGGAUUCCUUAUCAAGUUAUCAUUCAAAUGCUGGUUUUCAGUUGUAUGUUCAAGUGAUUUAUAUUGUCAUUGAUUCUAUACUUUUUCUCAUUAGAAUAUUUGAAACUUUCCCUUAUUUUGUGCAUUCUAUUACAUUGAUGUCACCUGGAUGUUGGGUAUAUAUACCAGUAAAACAGAAAUUAAUUUUACACUUAAAGAUGAUGUAAUGUAUGAAGCAUUUUCAUUCUUAAAAAAGAUGCAAUAUAUACCCCCAUCUAUUUCCCGAGUUUGCAUUUUUCAUACUUUCUUCUUUUUUGUCAAGCCAAGCAGCAUUCAUCCAUCUUAAUUAUCAGAUUUUUAACCCAGCAGCAUUUUAUACAUCUUGAACUGUCAUUUUAUUGAUGAUGAUUGCAUAAUUUCAGAAAAAAUUACUACUUGAUGAUUUUUUUUAACUUGAAUGAUAUUGCUGUAUGAAUAGUCAAUUAGUUACAUGUACAUGUGUAAGUGGGGAAUUAGGCCAAUACUGAAGUCUUAAAGUAGUCACAAUUAUUAAAUAACAGCCACCAGUGUUUAAUAUGUAUAAAAUUCAACAAAUAUAUAUAUAUCAGGAAAUGAUUGUAUUCAGCGGUAAUGACAAUUCAAAGUGAUGAUUGACGUCCACAAUCACAUUUCACUUAUUGUAUUCAGGAUUUGGGAGAUAAAAAGAUAUAUAUAAUCAUUCAUGAAAAUUGUAUUCAUUUUGAAAUUUUAUGGAGAGCCAUUAUGGUAUAUCUUGAACUAGACUAGUGAUAUUCUCAUUUGUAUAGAAGCAAUAUUUUGCUAUCCAACACAAAGGCUUGUUUUUAUUUACUCAGUAUUAUAGUAUUCAAGAUUGCUUCCCAGCGUGGUUAACCAACCAAAUCUUCCAUUCUUUAGCUUUCUUCCCUCAGCCACACCUCGGACGUCACUGUUUACGUUACAAAUACCUCAGAUAACCAGUCAGCAAAAAAAAAAUAAAAAAAUAACUCCAUAUUCCAUGAGUAGUGCCCUUCUGCCUGUAAAUCCAUUUGAAAGCUUCAAGAUUUUCACUUCCAAAUCAGCUGGUUGCCAUAGCAAUAAAACAUGGCGGAUGCAAACAAACUACUCAAUGUCUAAUGUUACAGCUAAUGAUAUACAUUGCAGUGGUACAUGUAUGUCAAUUGCUUGUCCUGUCUUAACUCACUAGGGGGACUUAUUUAUCUUUGAAAUUCAUAUGGGUUUUAAUAACAGAGAAUUGUGAUCGAGUCAUCUGCAUGAUAAUCGACGUGUAUUUUUCUCGUAAAGAUUUGUGAAUAUAUAGGGCUCAAAGAAUUGAAGACUAUUAUGUAUGGAAGCCCUGUAACAAACAAGUAAAUGUUGCAAUCAAUCAUACAAUAUACUUUAGAAUAAAUGCAAGCCUACAGCAAACCAUGUACUAAAUUUGAAAUCAGUUGUUGUCAGUUGUAUUUCAUAUAUUUUACAGGUCAGAUAUCUCACAAGCGUUUGGUGUAAAGUAUAUGUUAGAUAUGAUAGCAAUUUCUUAAAGAGGGCAUUCAUGGGAACAGUUGUGACUGCUGACUGAUUUUUCUCACUGAGCAUUUUCUUCCAUGCCUAAAUCUGGACAGUUGUUUGUGUUUUUUGUUUCCUUUUUAACAUGGUUCUUAUAUGACCAGACCAUUCUAGUCAUCAGCUUGCGCACGAUUCUUUUUGACUCCUUAUCUUUUUUUCAUCUGAAAAAAAAAAGAUAUUGACAAAAUAGCUUAGCCGUUUCAAUGCACAAGUAUCAACUUAUAAAAUGUGUGUAUUCUGUUUAACUCCUAAUCAUGCCUGUUAUCUGAAUACGUCUGCACAAAAUCCAUUUUACAUGGACCUUCUUUAACCUUAAGUGUAAAUUGUUUUUAAGUGAAUCUCACCUUUUUGAAAUAGCCUCUUGGAUUUUUAAGGCAAUCAUUCUUUUAUUUUCAUAUAAUUGUUAAAUCAUUUAUUUUAACAAUCUUCUUGGUUUUUCAUUGUUCAACUAAAAAAAAAAAAAAUGCUUCCAGAUUACUGGCUCCUGUAGAUGUAGAUAACUGUGUCUUUAUAAAUGUGCAUUGGCAGAACUGGCUUUCUGCUGCUGUGAAAAUUUUCACCAAAGCGUUACUUUAUGUGAUUUAUUUUUUAAUGUAGGAUGAUAAUGAUGAUGAUGGUGAUGAGUUUGUAUUGAUUUUUUGCAAUAGUACUUACAAAUAGGCUUGUCUGUCUUGUAUAUUCCAAUCUAUUUAUAUAGUCAUUUUCCUCGAGAUAUUAUUUGUCUUGAGAAAUAAUGUUAUUCUUCCCUACAGUACUUCUCAGCGUAAUGCAUCCCUCUAUUUUUCGUCUUCAGGGAUAUUACAAUUUUACCUUUAUACAAUAAAGACAAUAUAUUAAGAGAUUGGUAUCAAGAGAGGUAUUGCAGAGUUAAGGAGUGAUUAGCUUGUCAUCCAUUCCUCUCAAAAUUAAUGAUCUUUUUAUAUCUUGCAUCUGCUUUAAAGUAAAUGGUCAAAUUUCUUCAAUAAAUUUGACGUAUCAAAAUGGUGUAAAUGAGAUUCCAUUUUUUACCACCCCAUGAUAUUGCAUGCAUUAUUCAUUGUACAUUACCAUUGUAAUUUAUACUUCUGCAAUUAAGAUACCGAUAUGCAUAAGAAUAAAUUUAAAAAGAAUACUUCAGACAUUUAAGCCUUUUGUUGAAAAAAAGUACCUUAAUUUAUUAUGUAUUUUUGCCUUUGUGUUGUAUGUAUGGAUCAUUUAGCACUACUUUCUUUAUGAAAUUAGGUGAAUAACAAUCAGUGUUUUUAAUAAAAAUGCAAGUUUUUGCAUAGUUUUAUGUCAUCAGAAAUUGUGAUUUAUUGUAUGAAGCAUUUGUUUCUCUUUUGUUUUUUUUAUUAUUGAAAUAUCGCCAAAUAUGUUCUGUUCUUGCAAGGUUUUGUGUAGCACUAUUGUAUUUUGUUCAUUUCAUUGUAGAUACUGAGAUGUGUCCAAUAAAUACAAUAACGUGUACACGUA